CCCUCGAGGCAAAGGCAAUCGGCCCCAAUAUUCAUCUCGCAUACAAAAUAUCCUCCCCGACUGCCCGCAGCUCCGCUCCCACGGCAGUCGUGCCUUCGACUCCUUCCCUUGUAAAAUGCCAAGAACCCGAGAAGUCUUCUAACAUGGACGCCGCCACCGCCGGAGCCCGGUCUCCGCCGCCCGCUUCCGGCAGGAAACUUGCCGCGCCUUUCUCUCUCCGAAGGUCCUUCUCCGAAGCGGAACAGGGGCUUCGGCCAAGAACUCGAGCUGUAGCGGCGGUCGCGGUGUCUGGCGGAGAGCGGACCGCGGCCUCCGUUGCGCAUGUACUUGCCCACUCCUUCGGACAGAGAGUCUCGGACUUCUCACAAUAGUUACAAAUGCUGUUCUCCUGUAUGGCUCUCUGGUCUUCAGCGAAGAAUUGCUCCGUUUCUUGAAUUUCCUCCCCUUUUACAAGGGAUCGAUCUUCGUUCACAGAUUUUCUUGAACUCUGGAUGAUACCACUUUGACAGGAUUGCUCGGGCAUUUUUGAAGUUGGUACUUCAAGGCUUUGGUUUACUAGGUUUGGAGCUCAAAUUCUUGGUGUGGAUAGCACGGAAGAAUCUUCUAAAAACCUUUUGGAGAUAAGUCUUUUCUUGCUUUAUCUAAUAGUCUUUUCCUAAUAUAUUGUUCAUAUAUGAUUUAUGGAUAGGGCAACCCCUGGCCUCGAAUUAAAGCUAAAUUUUAUAUGUUGUGCCAGCUUUUAGUUGUUGUGCACAUAAUCUUAAAUUAUCCAUUUUGACUAUUGCAUAGCACAUAGGUAGUUUACAAGUAAACAAAUAUAUUGUUCACUCACGUAGUCUUAAAGUAUCUUGAUAGUGAUAUGCACAUAUAUAAUCUUUUAGAAGAUUUUUCAUUUAUAGCGGUGAACAUUUUGGGACCUAAGAAAUAUAAAUAGAAAAAUUUGUCCAAAUAGAAGCACCCCAAGUUAGCAGAAGCUGAGGAUAGAGUUAGGCAGGGGAAAAACACUCCAAAUGUGCAUUCUAAUUUUUGUUAAUGUCAGGACAUCUUUAGAUGGAUAUAAUAAAGUACUUUUUACUAAAGAUUAUAUUUUAUACGAUAACAAUUGAUCCUUCAUGCUUUGCUGCUUCUUCGUACCCCUCUUACACUAAAGUUGACCCACACAUGUCAUCAAUUACCAACAGAUUUAGGAUUUCUUGGAUGAGCAGGGAAGAAAAGGUUGUCAACUGGUUCCAGCCAUAAGUCAAACUCACAUUGCUUAUAUAUGAAAGAGAGAAAAUUUCCCACUUUUGCUAAUCUUUCAAUUUUUGAAGAGAAAAGUUCAACAUGUUUGUGUAUUAUUGGACGAAUAGAAAUUAACAAAUUAAGUUUGGUUUGUUGCUGUCUAAUACCGGUGUUACCAUGAUGUUGGAGACCCCAAAAAUAAUCUCUUCAUAAUUCUUUUUUUGUGUUAAAAUCAUGCUAAUUAUUCUUAUAAUUGACAUUAUACUUUUCAGUUGAAGUUAAAAUUCAUAAUUUAAUGUUCAACAUAUUUAUAAUGAUUUCUCAUGGAUAUAAAUUUUAUAUAUUUAUCAGUCCUAUAAUGAAUUAUCUGGUACUUCAUGGGUGAGCAUAAGCUAAUAUUGGGAAACCCCUUCAUAGCUGGGAAAGAUCCAGCUCCUCCAGAUUUAGAGGUUCCUCCUCAGACCCAGAGUACUGUACUGUACUUUACCGUGUGUCACGUUGCUGUGGAAAAAUGCUCAAACCUGCUACAGAAGACAAUAAGACAUUUGCAAUUGGUUGGCCCAUCAAUCUCCAAAUGAGACAGCUUUUGAUGGCUUCAAAAUAUGCAAUUGACAUGAUGUGAUAUUCUGUAAACCAUAUUCUAACCAAUCUUAAAUACCUGUAUCAUCUAGGACGUUUGUGCUGGUUUUGAUGACCGAACUUGAAACAAUCCAGCAAAUAAUAUCAAAUUUAGCUCAUAAUUUAAGACAUUAGACAAAAAAAAUGAAAAGCAUCAAGCAUUGUGAUACAUACUAAAAUAAACUUCUUAAAUAGUGUCAAGUAUGGUGUGCAAAGUGUACCAAACAUUUACGAAGAUCUUGAGUCAUAAUUAUAAUCUGUAGGAAUGUGAUUGACUGUGGAUAGAUGCACAAAAUUAGUACACCCUUAAAUGAAUUAAUUUUAAGUACACAUAAUUACCACACUUCCUUGGUGAAUUGAUUUUCAUAGUACUGGGCAAUAAGAAUAACAACAUAAUUGUUUCCACAGAAGCUGUUCAUAAAAGGUAAAUUGCGCGAAUGUGCCCGGUAUUCAUUUAUAUAAUUGCAGCACCUUUCUUCAAUACAUCAAGUUGACUUGUUUAAUAAAUCCAUCCCAAUCCAACUUGUUGAAGUAUUUAGUUUAUUAGUCAGCACAAUAUUGUAAGGCAUGCAUUGAGUGUAAGUGUCAUCGUCCUCUAUUUCCAACCCUUUCCUCAUAUCAUAUAAGUCCCUAGGUUUUGUCUUAAAAACAACAAUCCAUGCUUUAUCUUUUGGAUCUUGCACAGGAAAUACUUGUCGAGCUUAAGAUGAAAAUACGAAUGACUUAUCCUUCAAUAACACACCACUAUGUUUCAACCUUAAGAAAUUUAUAAGUUAUGUACCCAUUUGUGUCUUGCUUCAAACCUCUAUAUGAGUUUACAUCAGCCAAUCAUAUUGGAAUAACAUUAUCUUAAACUUUCUACAAUAAUCCAAUUCAUAAAUAUCUGUAAGUGUAUCAUAAUAAGUUUUUUCCAUCCGCUUCUGCCAUAACUCCACUAUUCUGGAUUUUUCUAAACUUCUCACGCUCCUUAGUAUGAAAUCUAAAACCAUUGAUGUUGAAACCGUAUAUCUGUUGACAAUAUCGUUAGGACCUCGAGCAAUAGCGCUAUUAAUUCAUCUGAACAAUUGCUCUUCAUCAUCGAUACCUAAAAAUAAGAUAUAAUUAAUUAUUAUUUAAUCAUUGCUGAUCCUUACUGAAAUUAAUGCAUAUUUUAUAUAUUAUAUAUCUAACAUGUUUGAAAAUUUAAUCGGGGAAUAACUCGAUUAACCAUCUUUGCUCAAUCCUUGGGCUAGGACGAAUGUUAUGGUUGACUUGUCACUGAGUAGCCAAAAAUUCUCUGCAUACAUAUUAAAUUUUUGGUCAAGAACAUUGUGUGAUAGGGCAUUGAAUUUAAUCAUCUUAUAACUAUACUAACCCAUGAUACUCAAUUAUUCUGUCACUGUAAAGUAACACAACGAUGUGCUUAUGUGAAGGAUUUUUAGUUAAGAACAAUACUUUCAACCUUCCCUAAUACUCUUCCAUUAGAUAAGAACUUGUAAGGUUCUGCAUUCUCUACAAUCUCAUAAUUCUUUGAGAUCGGUUAAAUGUUGUGUCUACACCUUCAUGAUAUCUUGAACAAAAUGUCAAAUACUCUUCAGCAAUAUAUCUUUAUGCAAUCGAGCCCUUGGGAUAGGAUUUAUUGCAUACGCCAUCCAUGCUUGAACAAAGGAAAUUCUUUGCAGCACAUGUGCUGAGGGGUGCCAAAUGAUGGACCCAAGUCAUGUUAGCCUGUCAAAAGUUUAUUUUUGUAUUGUUCUUUCAUAGUAAAGUAUCAAUUUCCUGUUCCAAAAUGAUCAAGCAUUUAAUCAUUCGACAAACUCAACUAGGAUUAAGUUAGGCUACAUAAUGUCAAAUUGUACUUAACCAAUAUAUCAAUCAGGUUUAUUCAUGUCUGGCCUCUGCCUAAGCUAGGUGUGACGUCAAAAUCACUCGAAAGAGAUUAUUUUGGAAGGUACUGAUAUGGUUGCUAGAUAGAAAUCAACUCUGACAUAUAAUCAAGGGAUGCUCCUAAAACAUCCCUACCUGCAUCCAAGUGUUGGUUGUCUUAGGAGCUAAACUGCGAAUUUGCAUGCUUAAUUAGUGACAAAAAAAUUUGAAGUUCACCAUUUUUUUCCUGCAACUUUCCUUCAACUUCAUAGGAUUGAUAUUCUCUUUAUUUGGUGAGGAGUUACAAGCAGGUGCUGAUUUUCCUUUCAGUUCAUUGUCUCAUGUUCUGUUUCAAAUUUAAAGAUACUAAUUUUUGUAUUAAUCUUGUCCUUGAUCAAAGAUGGAGAUGGGCCCAGUGAUGAGCUAUCCUUGGAGUCCAAGGCCGAUUAUACAUGAAAACUGGCUAUCUGAACUUUUCAGAUUUUGAUAUAAAUGAAAAUAAUAACAUUUUUUGGAAUUCUUUGAACUUGUUUUGUGCCAGCCAGAGGAGGCCUUUCCAGUAAAUAAACUUCCUGAAAUUAGAGAGCAUGCCUUUUGGAUUCCUGUUGACAAUCAUUACUUCGCAUUCUCUAAGAAAUAGAGGUAAUAUUUAUGGUCUUACACCGAUUGUCAAAGAUUCGACGUUUCAGUCUUCUUCUAUUCACAAAGCUUUCAAAAACAAUCACCCCACCUUCUCUGUAUAAGUUUCAUGAUUAAUUAUGAUGCAAAUAAGUAAUGAGUUUGGUAUUUUAGAAAGAAAAACAAAUAGUGAGAGAUGUUAAUGGAGUACUAUAUCUAUGAAUUAAUUAGACUUCUUUUUCAUUAUGACAUCUUAAAGUAAUAUUACAUGAACUUGAACACUUUUUUUGUCUGAUUUUGAAAUGCUGAUGCUUUGUGAUGCAUAAAGAGCACAGAGGCACAAAAUGAAGUUUCAAUUUUUUGAAGAAAUCUUAGUUUUCUUCCUGGCUAAGAAUCUAAGUUUCUCUGAUUAAUGCCUAAGGUUUCAAGUCAUGCACAGCUUCAUGGUAGAUUACCAACAAAACCACAUCACUAUAUAUGGCAGAAAUGUAUCAUGACAAUUUUUUUUUUUAUAUCUUGAAAUACUGAGAUCUAGUAAUAGUGCAUGAACAUAGUUAUGUAUCCAUGAGAAGUCAGUCUUCAUGUUAACCAUAUUAAAAAUUUCUUUAGGCAUGGCUUCUGUAAUGGAAAAAAUGGGAAAACCAUUUCUAAUGAGCUCCUGCAAAAUUUAAUUUUGAGUUCGGUACUCAGUAAGAAUUUCUAAUUUUGGUUUCCUUUUUGAUAAACCUAUAUUGAUAACAGUGAAAGGGAGUUGCAGUGCUAAGAGCUUUAUUGGUAAUGCAGCCUAUAGGGCAUUUUUCUGAGAUCCAAAAUAUAAUGCGACUCCAAUUGACAUAGAGAGGGCUGCAGUUGCACUCAUUUGCCUCCAACAACAAAUUCCCUUUACAGCUUCUUAGAACCUCUGAGAUUUAGCUGGUGGUAGCUCUUCUGAGUCCAACGAAGCUUCUGUUUUGGGUUCCUUGGCGGCACGAAAUGCUGCUAGUGAUUCAUAUCCUUGUUGACCCAAAGUUGCACUUCUAAAUGACACUGUAAAGUCUAGAAAACUUUUACAAUAUGCUUAUAACCUGACGAAUGGCUUGACUCUUAUUUAUUUUCACUGGUUGUAUUAACAGUAGUUAAUCUUAUUGAUAAUUUUCUUUUUUUUAAAAAAAAGUGCAGCAUAUAUUAAGAAAGAAACAAUCUCAGAUCCUGUCGUGUAGGUAGCACGUAGAGAAGUUUUGAUCUAUAAAAGCAAUAGCUGUAUUCAUUUCAGUUCCUAGAACUUACAAACUAUCAAAAAAAAUUAUGGGCGUGGAGAUUUGCACAAAGUCCUCAUUAAAUUUACAUGUUCUUAGCUAUCAAAGGCCAUCUGCUUGGAUCCUAUCUUCGAGUAACGUGGUUAUUUGGCAUGAGACCUUUAGAGUUGAAAUUAUAUGGUCAGACCAAUUGUAAUAUAUAUAGAUAAGAGCAUCAGUGAAUAGAAUGAGCAAAAAAAUUCAGAACGAAUAUUUGCUCAAAAAAACACAGAGAAUGAAUAUAAUAUAUUUCAGGAGGCGGAGAUGAGUUUGAAAUAAUAUUUGGAAUAACAAGGAUAAAUUAUAUACCCAGUUAUGUUCUUGAUGAUCAAGGGUCCUGAAAGGGGUGAAAUGGGGUCGUACCUAAUUUUUGGCAUUAGGAAGGACAAAAAGUAAAACUUAAAAACUCGAAGGGAACAUUAAUUGCAUUCAAGGUGAAUUAAGAUUUCUUCUUUGAAUUGGAAAAUGGAGGAAGCGACCAUCAUCCUUUUUUUUUUAUAAGAAUAUAUUUGUAUUUCUUUCGUGCCAUAUGUGCCACGUAGUUGUUUUUGUGUAUUAACAUUCUACUCACUGAAAAAUUAUCUUAAUCUCAAGCAGAUUCAGAUUUGGUUGGAUCAAGUUUAGGUACCAUUACGAAUCCCUUUUCAACAUUUAGGUAGAUUAACUUCAAGCUUAAUCCAUACUUGACCUAAACUUAUUUUAAACAAGCCUAAUACUAUUGGUUUUUCACUUUGAUCAAUAUUCUUUUUGUCUUUCCCUCAUCAUAAUUGACAAUUUCCUUUGUUGUUAUCGAGCAUUACUUAGCCGGUGAAUAAAGCCGGCAAGCUACCUCGUAUAAGGAGAUUGUAGCAAUUUACAACUUUUUAAGGUUGGCAUUGGGAUUACAUUCCUUGUGUACCUUAUAUUUGAGCCAUAUAAAGACGCCUUCUUCGAAUCAUUUAUUAGAAUAGAUGGGGAUUCAGUCGUGAAAUCUCCCCGUCACAUAUGUUGUGGAGAGUGAUGCAAUUGCCAAAUAUAAGUCUAAUUAGUGCAACAAUUGACCAUAUUAUGCAAUUAUCAACAUUUCCUUCUACUUUUUUUAAUGUAUUUGUGUGAUGUUUAUGAAUGUUUCCAUUUUUAAACUUCGAAUCAUCUAUCCUAAUUCAUAGGAAGUCAAACUUGAGUCCUCUCUUUCCGGUGCAUGCCCUAAGGAUAGCGGUGCCAUCUGUCAAACUUAAAAUCCCAUUAGAAUAGCACGUUGACAUCUUUCGUGCCAUUAAACUGUUUCUUUACUUUUCCCAUAUAUUAAUACUAGAUCUAUACAUGUUUUCAUUUACGAACUUCAAAUUAUUUAUUUUAAUUCAUGAGAAUUUAAACCUAGAAUCUCUCUGCAACGGACAUAUCAAAAAAAGUAGCGCCAACCGCCAAAUUUAAAAUCUCGUUAGUGCGAUAGUCAAUAACUUUUGUUUCGUUUCAUAUUAAACCCUUAUCGUAAUUUUUUUUUAAUUUCUUUACGAUAUAUCCAUACGACUUGCUCUUCCGAACUUUAAACCGCCAAAUUCUUUCCGAAAUGCGAGAGUUGGCAACUGUGGAUGGUUUCUUCUACUUUUACAAUAAUUAUUCUAAUAAUAAUAAAAAUUUAAUUUUAUGUUAAACAAUGCAUUCUGUUUAAAUUUUUGGCCAACAUUUUGAAAUAUUAGCCCGUUAUAUGAAAUUUGGGUGCAUGUAUGGUGCAUUUAAAAUUUUCAAGUCUUAGUUUUUCUGUUUUUCAUUUUUUAUUUUUUUUAUUUUUAUUUUGGUGAAAAAAAGCUUCUUCUCGUCUAUAAAACUCGGUAUUCCGAUUUAUACCCGGUAUCGGUCGCCAAACGCAGUACCCGACAUACGGACCUUUCGAAUUCCUCUGUGCCCCUUCCACGGAAUUAUUUCUCCCCCUAAUUCCUUCCCUUUUCUCUCCGCCGUGAUAGAAACCUCGCUUUUUUCCUGCUCGUCUCUGGGCGAUUGGAAGAAAGGGGCAUCGGGGGAUCGAAUCGGGAGGGAGCCCAAGGUCACCGAUUUUUCGAUCCUUUUAGUCUCAAAAACCGGUUUUUAUCGGUGUUUUGAUCGCAGGUAUCUUAUCCCUCGGUUUAUUUGGUACUAAUCGCUUCUCUCGAUCGAUAUUUCUUCUGAGUUCCGCGGAUUGCUGUGGUUUUUUUUCUUUGUUGAUGGUUUUCUAAGCUACUACAGAUAAAUAGAAGACCCAGCGUUGCCCCACUUUGCGUCAAGCUCCUCUCGAAGGAAAUCUAGGGGAAAGCCCGUUGUUUCAUGCCAUACGAGAUCCCCUUUCUGAUCUGAAGAUGCUGGGAAUCAUCAAGCAGGGUUGGCAAGAUCAGUUCAAGAAAGAAAACUUGUAAAAUCUCGUCAGCUGGUACUCUGUAAAGCUCGUUUGGAAGAUUUCCUGUAGGUGAAGAAAGGGAUUGCCUACUUAUUUGACGUGUUCUUGAUAUUGUUUGGAGGGAUCUUUGAUCAUGGCAGACUUGGAGAACCUGCUGUUGCAGGCAGCAGGGAGAACGGGCACAUCUGGGAGGAAGAACAACCACUCUCGCCCUCAGUCAAGGUGGCGAAGGGAGGGCUCGUACUCUGAUGGAAGUGAUUCCAAGGAUGAUGACUCUGAUAACCCUAGGUACAAUAAAAGGAAACCAGCAGGCUCUCAAGUCCCUCUUAAGAAGAGGCUCGACCCGCCUGAGAAAGACAAGAGGAGUGGUUGGGCGGAUGACGACGACGACGAUGACGACAGGCACAGCGAUGAUGAAUCUGACAGCGCUCCAUCAGUUGGAAGUGAUCUUUACAGGGAUGAAGCGGAUAAGGAGGAACUAGGAAAGAUGUCUGAGCUGGACCGGGAGCUGAUACUAGCAGAGCGGAGCACGAAGAUAGAUGAUUACAAAUUGAAAAAGAUGGCAAGAGCAUCAUCAGCAAAAAUGGAGAAGUCCCAGAAAGAAAGCCCUCCCCCUCUUCCGUACCGCAGCCGCUCAUCAGCCCGCACAGAUAGGACUGCCGCCAAGAGUGCCUUAGAUGAGCUGCGUGCCAAGAGGAUGAGACAGCAAGCUCCAGAGGGUUAUCGUAGUAGAUUCAAGGAUGCAAUUGGAGAUGGAGGUAGCAGUGGUGCUGGUAAUCAGGAUAUGUCUCCUCCCAAACAUAGAUCAGCAGCCAGUCCUCCUAGUGAUUUGAGCAAUGACCGUGAAAGCGGAGGCAGAAUGGAUAGUGAGGAUGAGAGGUUCCCAGGGAACAACAAAAUGGAGGAUGAUUUAUUAGAUGAUUCCCCAUCCAGAUUGGAUCCACUGAAGUUUGAGGAUAUCAAAGAUAUAACGAUUCGGAGGUCGAAGCUGGUGAAGUGGUUCAGGGAACCUUUCUUUGAAGAGCUCAUUCUUGGGUGCUUUGUAAGAGUCCAGGUUGGGUCUCGAUCUGGUGCCAGAUAUAAGCUUUUCUUAGUUCGUAAUGUGGAAGCAGCUGACCCUAGUAGACAGUACAAGCUGGAGCAUCAUACAACUUACAAGUUGUUGAACUUGACAUGGGGUAAUAUGUCAGUGAAGUAUGAGAUGGCUUACGUUUCAGACUCUCCGGUGCUCGAGAAGGAGUUUAAGGAAUGGCAACACGAGGUUGAAAAGAGUGGUGGUCGGAUGCCAACCCGUCAGGAUGUGCAGGAUAAGAAGGAAGCUAUUCAGAAGAUCAACAACUUUGUCUAUUCAGCAGCCACCGUGAAACAGAUGCUGCAAGAGAAGAAGUCAGCCUCGGGGAGGCCAAUCAAUGUUGCAGCUGAGAAGGAUCGGUUGAGGAAGGAGAUGGAAGUGGCGGAGAGUCGGCGAGAUGAGGUAGAAGUGGAAAGGAUCCGAGCAAGGCUGAAGGAGUUAGAGGACAUGUCUCGGCAAGCAGAACAGAAGGAUGCAAAAGCUGUUAGAUUGGCUGAGAUGAAUAGGAAGAACCGAGCUGAGAACUUUAGGAAUGCCUCAGAGUUGAAGCCAGUGAACACAAGCUUAAAGGCUGGGGAGGCAGGUUAUGAUCCCUUUUCUAGGAGGUGGACUAGGUCCAGGAAUUAUUAUGUGUCAAAGCCUGGGGGGGAGGGGAAUGCAGCCGCUGCAAAUGGUAAUAAUGGAAGUGCAACAACAGGUAAUGGAGAUGCAGGUGCUGUGGGGCCACUGAGUGGAGUUGAGGCUGGUGUAGCAGCCACUGCUGCAGCUCUGGAGGCAGCAGCCGGUGCAGGGAAGUUGGUAGAUACGAGUGCACCAGUGGACCAGGGUACAGAAUCAAACACGCUGCAUGAUUUUGAGUUGUCAAUCUCUUUGGCUGCCCUGCAGAAGUUUGGGGGUCCUCAAGCUGUUCAUUUGAAUUUUAUGUCAAGGAAACAGAAGAUAGAAGCAACAACUGGAUACAAAGUUCCAGACAGUGAUGGGCGGCGACAUGCUUUAACUUUGACAGUCAGUGACUACAAGAGACGGAGGGGUCUGCUUUGAAUGACUGCUUCAAACAGGUUUCAGUCUACCAAUAUCUGGUUGGAACUUCUUUUGUUCCAUUUUUGUGUGUUGGAUUGCUCCAUCAUGCUCCCAUCUGCCUUCCCCUUUAUUGACUUUUUAAAAAUUGAUGUUUGGAGUUUAUGUUGUUUUCAUAAAAGAUAUUAGUUACUUUAUUAAUGACAAGUUUUGAACCUGGUGAUUAGGAUUUAUGUUCUGAUGA